AUGUCAUUCUUUCUUGGUGAUACAGCACAGUUCUCCAAUGUUGGAGUCAACCCAGAAAAGGUUAAGCUUGCAAAAAUUCAGUUCGAUGCCAUGAGUACGACAUUCAACAAGGUUCUACAAUCAUGUCACAAGAAAUGCAUAGCUCAUGAGUACGGUGAGGGCGAACUUAACACAGGAGAAGCUUCUUGCCUUGAUCGUUGCGUGGCGAAGUAUGUUAAAGCCAACACGUUGGUAGGUCAAAGCAUGAAAUACAAUUUGGUCCCAGAGAAAAUGCCCGAAUAUCAGGAAGUUGCGGCGAGGCUCGUGGGCUCGGUCAACAACAAUCAAUAA